GAUAAGGAGGAGAACAGUGCACGCAGUUCGCCAUGGCUUUUUGCACGUCUCGUCCUGGUGUCAGCAUGCUUGUUUUCGUAUAUGCCUUGUACCACUUUCUGGCUUUCUUGGGAGAAACUGUCUUCAACAUGCUUCGUAUCGGCCAGCUUGAUCAUACAGAAGUAGCUCCAGAAUACGCCAGGGCCGGUCUCCACGGUCUCUUCCGACUUAUGUGCAUCUUUAUGUGCUCCUUUUGGAUUGUCAGCGCCAACAACGACGACAUGCGGGGAAUGCGUGCAGCUUUCACGUUCGUUAUGAUCCGCUGCCUCACCUAUGCCAUGUACGCUGCAUGUGACGCCCUCUACGAGACUUUCCUUAUGCCAGAUACGCUUCUCAACCACAUCGCCUUAGCGUCGACGAUUCCACUGUACAUGAGAUUCUCAACAGCGACUUUUGAGUUUCUCUUGGACGCAUUUCUUUUGACUCGGAUGCGAGCUUAUUAUGACUUGGCGUCACGAAUUGCCUGUAGCACCGCAGCAGUUGCAGCGAUACAGGCGUCUGGAGCAGCACUCCGAAGUCCACAGCCCACUCCAACGCCUCAGUGACAUAAAAGAAACGCUAUUAAAUCCUAUUUAACCUCUCA